AAAAUAUUAGAAUUAUUGUCAAAAAAGCGUGGGGUGCUCAACGUAUGAGAAAUGUGGAACAAAGCACCCCAGCGUGUAUUUUAGUUUUUUUAAACUAUAUUUAUUUGCGUUCUUUCUUAAGUCUUUUGGAGGGAGGGGACACCACUGUGUAUGUUAAGGGCCCCAUACACUACGGUGAAACACGACGGUUUUCACCGCCACGAUGAAACACGUCGUGCCAAAACCGAAGUGUGUGGUAGAAAACCGUCGUGUUUCACCGUCGGUUUAAAAUUCAGUCCGAGCUUGAUUUUUGGCACGACGGUUCAAGAUUUCGUUCUAAAACCGUUGUAUGUGGUUCAGCCGUCCAAAUGGACAUGUUUUUUCCAGUGACGUACGCAGUGUUUGUUGUUGAAUUUAUUGACAUUUAAUUUUUCUGAAUUAUGAUUUUUUUAAUUUUAAUGGAAAAUCAUUUCAAUUUUGUAGAAAAAAUAAUGGUAAUUCGAGCGCAAAGUGAUAUUGUCGAAUAUUGCAGAACAUGUUUCAGGAAUAAUUCGUCCUAAGGCCUGUGCGGAAAUAGCUGCUGUAAAUUUAAGGUCUUCAUAACUUCUUCCCGUUGCUAAGUACCGCAAUGUAGCGGUAAGUCUUUCAUACGGUCCAAUUGCUUUUCUUAAGUGGGUACUUUUUUUUCCAUUAGAGGAGUUACCAAUUUCAAUAAUUCCAGAUAUGUAUCUUCAUCCAUCCUUAAAUAAUUAAACCAAUCGCUUGGAUUCAGUUUCAAUUCUUGCAACAAAUUCACAUGAGAAAACGAUUUUCUUUUUAAUAGCCAGUCUUUAGUCCACACUGUACGCUUCUUUUUUUUUGUUUUUUACAAGAACCGCAGCUGCCGCCGCCACUGCUUAAAGCUGCGACUUGUUCGCGGAAAAAACUGCCAAAAAAUCACGUAGUGUGCGGUGAAAACAGGCCGACGAUGAAACACGACGUGUUUCCUCGCGGCGGUGAAAACCGUCGUGUUUCACCGUAGUGUAUGGGGCCCUUUAGUAUGUGUGUAAUGCAUGCAGUUCGAUGAAGGUUUCACUUCUACCGCGUGUGGACUGCACAGGAUUUUUUUUAUUUCAAAAACUUUCUUGAUGUCUUAGCUUUGUUACAUUCGCUGAUAGUAUGGCAAAAAUCCUUAAAACAAAAAAGUUUCUCGCUUACUGAAAAAAGUACUGCAUAAAAAGUGUAAGUUGAAUUUUUACCUAGUUUUACGAAAAAAGCGAGUUUUUUAGAAAAACAAAAUUAUCUUGGUGAUUUUCGCUAACAUAUUGUCAACUAGCUGCUUGGGAAAGGAGGACCCGGUAUUCAACCUUAUUAAUUUAAUUGCCGAUUCGGUCGGAUGUUUAUUGCAAUUCAGCAAUAAAUUGAUAUAAAUUGCGCUGCAAGCCGCAGCAAAGGCAGACUUAAACCAGUGCAAGUACCUCUCGUUGUGACAAUAUUCCCUCUGGAAUUAGAAAAAAAAAAUAUGAAAUUAUCUCAAUUAGUUCCGGAGAUAUCGCGAUGUAUGUGUGAUAAAGUAUGAAAACAAAAUUUUGACAAAUUUACGACAUUUUUCGAUAUAAAAAUUGUUGGACCUACGAAAAAAUGUUGUAAUUGGCCAUUUCAGGUGGCCAUGGACCUAUUCUAUCGAUCUGUGAAGGUCUCAUGUAGCUAUACCUUGAAAAAAAAAUUUGCAACAUUUUUGCCGUUUUUUCAGUCUACUAAUUAUUCAGUAGCACAAGCAGGGUUACUGUUUUGUAUGUACCGGGUGAUUGUCUAUAUUUUGCACCCACACCUAUCUCACCUGUUUGAAGAGAUGCCCAGAAAUGUCAAAUAUGGAAGUUGUAGGUAAUAUCAGAAAGUUUCCAAUGAUGUUAGUAACAAGUAUACAGGGUGUGGCACAAAAGUGUGGCGAAGCAAAGUUGUACUUUUUUAAAUGGAAAACCCCAUAUAUUAUUGUCCCAUUGGAUUAACCAUUCAAACCUGAUUUCAAAUAUACUAGGUUUUUUAGGGUUUAUUCCUAUUAGUCCAGGAGAAAAUAGGACAAAGAGGGGUAGAAUAAUUGCAUUUUUAUUCAAAAAGGUAAAGUAUAGAGACCACCAGCAGAAUAUAAAGGUAAUCAUUCACGUAAAAAAUCCAUAUUAUUUCUUCAAAAUGGGAUACUGAGAGGCUGGACUAUGAGGAAUAAACCUAAAAAACCUAGUGUAUUUGGAAUCAGGUUUGAAAGUCCAAUGGGACAAUAAUAUACGGGGUUUUCCAUUUAAGAAAGUAUAGCUUUGCUUCGCCACACUUCUGUGACACACCCUGUAACUUGUAACUAAACAUCAUUGAAAACUUUCCGAUAUCACCUACAACUUUCAAAUUUGAUAUUUCUGGGUAUCUCUUCAAACACGUGAGGAGAUAGGUGUGGGUGCAAAAUAUAGACAAUCUUUCGGUACAAGCUUGAAGGUAAGAGAAUUUCAAAUGAAAUUUCAACGUGCCUUUUGAUUUUCCUGCAGAGCUUACCUGGAAACGUGAAGCAUGUUGCAAUGUUCUGUGACUGCUGUUCAGGACAAAAUCGGUGCAUGUUGCAGCAAGCCAUUUACAAGAGAAGGUACCAGUCUGGAAAUAAUUGACCUGAAAUUUCUAGAAGGUGGCCACACACAAAUGCAUGCAACUAUAGGUAGCCCUAAGCAAUCUUCAAAUACUCAACCAAACUUAAAUUUGAUAUAGUGACAAAUUCAAACAAAGCACAAAAUGCAUAAUGGUGAUGUCUUGAAUUCGUGAGAAAUAGGUAAAAUGGAUACUUUUCACAAAAGAAUCUCCAAAUAAUUGCUAUAAGAAAAAAUUCUGGAAUGAAAAUUCCAAAAAGUUAAGAAAGACAACGUGGAAAACCUCCAACUAUAAUAGAAUAGAUGUAUCUUCUCCAAAAGCCUAAAAAAACCUUGCCACUGGAAAAAAAAGUUUAACGAUUUAUUCACAAUGUGCAGUGGCUAGUACUGAUAUCAAAGGGAUAUCAUGCUUUUCAUAAAUCGCUGCCCUCAAUAGAAAGGCAGGACGAAGAGAUCAUUGUUCGUUGCAAUUACUUAGAUCAAAACCUUGAAGAUGUCCAGAAAAAGCAAAAAAUGAACUGUUUUUCAUUUCUUUCAAAUGAGUAGUGCUUACCAUAAUUUAGAAUCAGUUUUGUUCAAUGCAUUAAAUACUUUGUUUUAAUUUGUAUCUUUCAGCUUGUUUUGCCACCAAUAAAUGUUUCGAGAGUCUGACGCCCAAUAACUUCAAAACAGCAUACUGGCCUAGAUCCGGGCCUGUGUGAGAGUGCAAAAUAAACAAGUACCUUUUUCGUCAAAGGAAAACAGAUUAAAAUUUAUUCCAACCCAGCUUUUACGGAUUUGCUGUCGCUAUCAACGCAGUUGCCGACCGGCCUGUUAAUUCUAAUCUAGAAUUGAUAAACAAUUCUGAAAACCACAAUAUGAUUAUUUGUCCAUUUGUUCAUGCUACAAAAUCAAAAGUUCUCUUUGUCUCGGAUAAAAAAGUUCUUUGUGUGUGACAAUAAGUUCCUUUAUGAUAAUAAAUAUUGAAAUUGAGCCUAUUCAUUUGAUGUUAUUCAUUCAGUACUGAUACGAGAACCAAAGUCACCCUACUGUAAAUAUGCUUGUGAUAAAUUAUAUUGUAUUGUGCUUUAUUAUCACGUUGUCCUUUGGAUUGCAAUGUAGAGAUGAAAAUAAUAAUCCUGUAGACUGGUAUGUGAUCUAUAAAUUACCAAAACAAGCCGCACACAAAAAUGACUUCAUUAAACAAGGUCUCGCUUUCAUGUACAUGACAUCAAACGAUUAUUCCAAAUGGACUCUAUCUAAAGUUAACAUAAAUGAUACUAGUUCUAUGGUUGCACAUACCCUAAGUGGAUUGUAUAAUAACAAAGAGGAAAAUCUUUACAUUGUCUACAAUGACCAACCUCCAUGUGAAAGAUUUGAAAGGACAGCAAGUCAAGGACAUACUAAAGGUGUAGUUAUGAGUGAUGUGAAUGAAGGUUUUUUGCUUACACACUCAGUCCCACAUUAUCCUUAUAAUUUAGAACAUUACGAAUAUCCUACAACUGGAACACAUUAUGGACAGAGUUUUUUAUGUAUUAGUUUAGGAAUGAAAUAUUUAAAUAUUAUUGGUCUACAAUUACAAUACAAUGAGCCUCACAUUUUUGCCCAAAACACACCGGAAUCUUUAAAAAACAUUUUGCCAGAACUAUUUAAAGCUGCUAAUCAUGAAACUGUUAAAAUGUCUCCUUGGUUUAAUGUAGAGAAUAUUACUUCAUUGGGAGGCACUAAAUUUACGUCUUUUGCAAAAUCAGGCAAAUUUGACAAAGACCUAUAUGCCAAUUUAGUUGGUGCCUAUUUACAAAGCAAUUUAUAUGUUGAAACUUGGCCAAAUGAACCUAAUAGAUUACCAUCAGAUUGUGAUGGAAAUUUCCAUGUAGACAAUAUUCUAUCAAUAUCGGUACCAGAACCAUCAAUCUCAUUUAAAACAGCAUCAGAUCAUUCAAAAUGGGCCGUUUCUACAGUGAAUGAUUCCUUAAAAUGGCUUUGUAUAGGGGAUAUCAACCGGGCUGAAAAGCAAACAAAAAGAGGUGGGGGAACAACUUGUAUAAAUAAUGAAAAACUGGCAAGUCAAUACUUGAACAUUGUGUCAUCAGUAGAGCAAUGUAAAAGUGAACAUUUUUAUGAAAUAAUUUCUAACUCGAUUGAAUAAGGUUAUUUUAAAUAAGUGUAUUCAAUUUAUAAUACUUUUUUAUACAUACACAGAAAUAUCUUAAUAGAAGAAAUUUAAAAAGAAUGUUACAUCUAAAGGAUGGAAUUUUAUAAAUAUAAUAUAUAUAGAUAAUUUUGCUCGGUGUUUGAACAUCAAAUACCUAUUUAUUUUAAUCUCAAUUAAAAAGUAAGAUUCUUCUUAUUUAAGUAAAUUAACAAAAUAAUAACAGCCCUAAGUUAUAAAUGCAUAUUUAUGUGCACUAAUAAGUUCAUACAUACCUAAAGGAGUAAAUCUUACCAUUUUAUUGAAUUUAUUAUGCUUACCUAGUCAGUAAUAUAUUUAGAGAUAAAAUUUUAACUAGCUGUAUGUGAUAUUACUAGCCAUGAAAUAAUAAAGUAAAAUAGUCCAAUUGGAUAUACUGCUAAUAAUUUUCUGCCUGGUUUCUGACUAUCCCCCAGAAAAAUCAUUG